UAGCCAUCAACGCCAAAUUAGGUUGGACAUUUGUGAGUCAAAAAUAAAGCAUUUCACAGUAGACCUGGUUAAUCUCUGAAUUUGAUUUCCGCCGCAGAAACCCACAAAGAGAGAGACACAGAGAUAGCUGGACCGGGUGAUUGAUCCAAAAACUUCUUCUAAAUUAUUGUUUCCAAACGACAUCAGAAUUAUUAUUUCAGGAAUUAGGGUUAGCUUGGGGUUAUUUUAGAGAGGUAUCUAGGUUACACGUUGAUGGGCGCUCCGAAGCAGAAGUGGACAUCUGAAGAAGAAGCUGCCCUAAAAGCUGGGGUAAUUAAACAUGGGGCAGGCAAAUGGCGAACUAUACUGAAAGAUCCUCAAUUCAGUGGCAUCUUGUCUUUGCGCUCGAAUGUGGAUCUCAAGGACAAGUGGAGAAACAUGAGCGUGACUGCGAAUGGUUGGGGGUCACGGGAGAAAGCUAGGGUAGCACUCAAAAGAAGUCAUCAGAUGUAUAGAAAUGGCGAUGACGAAGAUCAUGAUGAUGGCGAAGAUGAUUUGGCCCCUAGUACAGUCAUUCAGAGUGACGAAGAAGUUUAUGAUGUUAAACCUCUUGCAAUGACUAGUCAAAAUUUGCAGAUCAAUGGUCCCAAAAAAUCAUUAUCAAGGCUGGAGAAUCUAAUUUUAGAAGCAAUAAGCAGUCUAAACGAGCCUACUGGGUCUAACAAGACUACUAUUGGCAUAUUUAUCGAGGAUCAAUACGAUGCACCUCCAAACUUCAAAAAGAUCUUGUCAGCAAAAUUAAAGUCGAUGACAGCAAACAAGAAGCUAAUCAAGGUAAAGCGCAAGUACAGAAUUGCACCAAGACCACGUUUCCCCUCAGAUGGGGGAAACCCUGGAAUGCUGGGUCUUGAAGGAGUUGGGCAGAGAGACAUUAAACCAGAUAUUACUGUACGUCCAACGAAAAUCCAGGUGGAUGCAGAUUUGGCAAAAAUGAGGAAUAUGACAGCAGAGGAGGCUGCUGCAGCUGCUGCUCGAGCAGUUGCAGAGGCAGAAGCUGCCAUUGCAGAAGCUGAAGAGGCAGCAAGGGAGGCAGAUGCAGCAGAUGUUGAUGCAGAGGAAGCUCAAGCUUUUGCUGAAGCUGCGUUGAUGACUUUAAGAAACCGAAACGCAUCGAAGAUGAAAAGAGACAUUGUGGAUGCUACAAGUAAAGUACAAAUCAGAUGAUCACCUCGUUGGUUCCUCUUUCGCAAAAGUCUUAGGUAAUACUGCAUGUAGAUGGGUCAGGCAGACGGAAGCCAGUCAAGGACGCAAGCCUGCAACUUUUGAGCAUGAAGGCUGAGUAACCCAUUUCCUCCGUUUCAGCUCAUAUAUGUAGCUCAUGCAUCUUCUGACGACAUGUUCAACCGACAAAUAUAAGAAUAUUUUUGUUGUUGUAAAAGUGGUCAGAGUAAGGUUUCCGUCAUGCCCAGUUAUCAUAACUAAAACUAUAAUUUAUGAUCUUGUAUCACUGCCAUAAAAAAAUCUCAAAAAGUUCCCUCAUGUGUACAAAUAAUGUAUUUUCUAUUUUUUUUCCAUCUUAAAUUAUGGGUUCCGUUUGGAAGAGUCUUAAUAUACAUGUUUGAACUAAGCUGUUCUACUUGGAAAAAGAAAAGAGAAGUAAAAAAGAAAUGGUGCAUUAUCCUCUUCUGUA